AAGUGCUAUGGAAGAUAUUACACUUUGAUGCCGAGACUCCAAAGUCAAUGUGUUUGUGCUGUGGACCUACACAAUGUACACAGUGUAGGUGGAAUUUCGGUUAGUAGUGAGGCUAGUUUUGUUGAUUGAAGUUGUUAGCUAUUGUAGAACUGAGAAAUAAAUACGCGCAGUACAGUAUAUAGUGUUUCUGGAGAAGAAUGGCGACUGUAAUGGAUGACACUGGGAAAUCGGAAGAAAAGUUGUCUGAUAAAGAGCUCGCUGACGAUGUGGACGAUGGAGAGGUGGAAGAAGGAGCACCCGAUGCUUCGAAAAAGAAGAGAAGAAAAAAGAAGAAGAAGAAAGCAGGAGCUGCUGCAGCAGCUGCAGAUGCUGCAGAUGCUACACCUGGAGAUAUCCAGGGAGAAGAUGAGGACAAAAUAGAACAACGUUUGAGGGAUAUGAGUAUCAAUGGAUGUAUUGAUAUACUUGCUGGAGCUGAUUCUGCAACAGCUUCACAGGGGAACAGUGUGGCGGCGGCAGACACAACCUCCGAAGGUGCUAAGGAUGGCAAGAAGAAGAAGCGCCGUAACAGAGGAAAGGGCAAGGACAAUGACAAGAAAGAAGGGGAAAGAAAGCAGACGGACCCACCAUCCAUACCUAUUGUAGAGCUUUUCCCAAAUGGUUUCUAUCCAGUAGGACAAUGCUUGGACUAUCCCGUUAUUGGAGACUAUCGUACUGCUAGGCAGCGUGUCACUUCAGAAGAACAGAAAGCAAUUGACCACAUGAACAUUGACAUUUAUAAUGAAUUUAGAAUAGCAGCAGAAGCUCACCGGCAGACCAGAGAAUACAUUCGGCGGUGGGUGAAACCUGGUAUGACAAUGAUACAAAUUUGUGAGGAGCUGGAAUCAGUAGCUCGAAAAUUAAUUCAGGAGAAUGGUUUGAAGGCGGGUCUGGCCUUCCCUACUGGAUGUUCUCGCAACCAUUGUGCAGCUCACUAUACACCAAACAGUGGUGAUUCUACUGUUUUGUUGUACGAUGAUGUUACGAAGAUAGAUUUUGGAACUCACAUCAAUGGUCGAAUAAUAGACUGUGCUUUCACAUUGACUUUCAAUCCAAAAUACGAUACACUUAUUGAAGCUGUGCGAGAAGCAACAAAUACAGGAAUAAGGUGUGCCGGUAUUGAUGUUCCACUUUGUGAUGUUGGUGCAGAGAUCCAGGAAGUGAUGGAAUCAUAUGAGGUGGAAAUUGAUGGCAAAACAUAUCCAGUAAAAUCAAUUCGCAAUCUUAAUGGUCACUCCAUAUCACAGUACAGAAUUCAUGCAGGAAAAACUGUGCCUAUAGUAAAAGGAGGUGAAGCUACAGUAAUGGAAGAAAAUGAAGUAUACGCAAUAGAGACAUUUGGCUCUACUGGUCGUGGUCAGGUCCAUGAAGAUAUGGAAGUCUCUCACUAUAUGAAGAAUUUUGAUGCAUCUCCUGGUCACUUAAGGUUGCAGUCCUCACAGUCAUUACUGAAUACAAUAAACAAGCAUUUUGGCACACUAGCAUUUUGCCGUCGCUGGUUAGAAAGAGUGGGUUGUACGAAAUACCACAUGGCAUUGAAGGAUCUGAAGGACAAACACAUAGUUGAUGCAUAUCCACCGCUUUGUGACGUUAAAGGAUCAUACACUGCACAGUUUGAGCAUACAAUUUUGUUGCGUCCAACAUGCAAAGAAGUAGUGAGCCGGGGUGAAGAUUAUUGAAUUCUUGCAACAGUACUUUUCAUUUUAUUGUUUUGUGAUAGUUCCUUUUCUUUACUUGUAUGAUACACAAUGUUGAACUUCUUUUUUUUUUUUUGUUGUGAAAAGCAGCUUCCUGGUAAGAACUGUACCAGAUUCCAUUGCUCAUACAAUGGCAUGUUGAAGACUUUCUGUUGUGAAACAUUGACACUUUAUGUACUCACGUUGUGAAAUUUUCAGUAAUGUGUGCAGACUUUCAUAUUUUGAAUGUUGAUAAAAUGAAUAAUGUAUCGAUACCUUUCUUGGUGCUGGAACAAAUCAAUGCAGUAUUUAUAACAUUAACACCCUAAUUUCUGGUUUAAAUUUUUCAAUGGAUUUGAUAGCUAAUUUUACUGUGUCUUCCUUAAUGCACUGACUAAAUUUCUUGAAUGUGUAACACAACAAAAUUUAGGAUGUAGCAAAAAUGUCAAGUAAGAUAAUAUAGCUGUUUUUUAGGCUAAAAUGUGCAAAAUACAAAGAGGCUGCAAUAUUUUGAUUCUGAGCCUACAUAUAAUUUCCAUGUAUCAGUUUUUGUGAAAGUGUAUGAUCUUUGUUUUAUUCAUCAUAAAUAGUGGAUUUACUGACAUCACGUCCUCCUUACAGUUUACUAGUUGCAGUAGGCCAGAAUUUUUGCUGUAAAAGCAAUAUACCCCAUAACAUGAAGAAAAUGGAGAAAGUUGGUGCAGUCACCUUGGCCAGGUCCACAUGACAUGUUAAAUAGUACAGUUCAGAGUAUAUAAAAUUGGUGGUGUAAAAUCUAUAAUUGUUUUGUCUGAAUAUGAACUUUUCAAAGUUCUGUGUGUCUUUAUAUUCUGUUAAUGAAUGUCUCUGAAGAAAA